AUGCUCACCAUCCAAGUACUCCCAAUCAUCCUUGGCUGGUUGGCAAUCCACGACCUUCCCGGCAUUGCCGCGCUCCCCGGUGCAACCACAACCCGACAUAUCACCAGCACCAGCAACAUCGACACUAGCAGUCCGAUUGCCAAUGACCCCUACGAUAUCUCAGUCCCCAAUGGCCCCCCGGUCCUCGAGCCCUUCCAGACUGAGGACCCCAAAGAUCGUGAUGACCAAAAUGAGGGCGCAAAUGAGGGUAAUAUCGCCGAUGACCCCGACCAUUUGUCUCCUAACAACGCCGCCGCUCCUGUUGAAGCCCGUUCAGCCACCCCCGACAACGCUCGAUGCGCCGAUAUCCAUGAUGAUACUCCUGGAGCAGGAGGGUUUCAUCAGCGUGCUGCUGCUGCUGCUGGCUGCGCCCGUCCUCGACCUCGACCAAGGCCACAGACAACUCGAAACCCUCAGUUUCGCACUGUCACUUUGACCAACACUCAAACCAACACCUUUACCAUGACUAUGACCAACACUCUGACCAACACCCGGACCGCAACCCUAACCGCCACUGCCACCUUAACCGCCACUGCCACUGCUACUGCCCCUCCCCCUUCCUAG